AACUUUUGUUUAUUAAGGUCUUCAGUUGGCAUAAUCUAUAGUAAUAGACGUUAAUACACGAAUGAAUAAACAUUAUAUUCUUAUCCUUGUCUCAGUGUAAGAGCAAUAUUCGUUGUACACGGUUCUGAGUUUUGUUACGGAAAAUAUGAUUUUAAAACACAUUUUCUGUACCAUAUUUACAAUAAAAAGUUUCUAUGUUUUAAUUUUUGGACAGCCUGAAUUGCAUUACUUUCGAAGUGAUUACAAACAUGUAGAUGGUACGCGUAGUUAUUAUAAAAUUCAUGCUAAAGAGAAAACAUGGAAGGACGCAAAGGUGAGGUGUGCAUUAGAAGGCGCGAAGCUGUUUUAUCCGGAAAAUUAUGUCGAGGUAAACGCGAUCAUCAGACAUAUAAAUGAAACGAACCCGAACAUUGAUUCAAUUUUUGUUGGUAUUUCCUCACCGCUCACUAAAGGUGUUUUUAUCGGUGUUGAUGGCGUACCAAUAAGAAACGUGUACAAUCAAUGGAUGCUCGGGGAACCAAACGACAACAACGCCGAAGAUGAUUGCAUCGUAAUGAACAAACGCGGCCUCUACAAAGACGAUAAAUGCAACAGAAGGUUACCCUAUCUUUGUAAAAAAACUAUGCAUACUUUCACAAAAUGGAAUUACGAAUGCAAUAUUCCAUUUUUGGAUUACAAAUACAGCAGGGAAUUAAAUAAGUGUUAUAAGUUUCACACCUUACCUAAAACUUGGAAGUUUGCGGCGCAAAUAUGUGAAGCAGAACAAGCCUACUUGGCGAUACCGAACAGUCAACAAGAAGCUGAUUAUUUAUCUAAAAUAACUAACGAAAGUCCUAAGAAUUACGGUGGACAACACUUGAAUGGUGUAGUGCAUUUGGGAUUCCGAUACAACGAGACACUCGAUGACUGGAUAACACUCAAAGAUGAAACAUUGGAACAGGCGGGCUACUCCAACUGGGAUGACUAUAAGCCUGACGGUGGAGAUAAAGAGCCUUGCGGCUCUAUGUUCUACAAUGGUCGACUUAACGAUGUUACAUGUGGAGCUUUAGAUAGCUAUUUUAUUUGCGAGAGAGACAAUGAUAAUCUUAAUGUAUUCGGAGAAGUCUUCGCCAAGAACUAGAAAUAAUUGACAAUCAAAUGGAGGCAACGAUUUUAUGCCUUUCAGCCGAAUUCAGAACGAAUGACGUCAACAUUUUAAUGAAAUUUUAGCUUCGAUUCCUAUGAGCUUAUAUGGAUGAAUGUAAACAGUUGUAUGGACUGCUAAACAACAGUUAUGCGAUAGUUUAGUCAAAGGUGUGCGCCCGCUCUAAUGAGCUGUUUUAAAUUUAAACAAAUAUUCAGAAUUCGACUGUUUGUCUAUUAUUUUACUGAUGUAUUGUAAUUUUUCGAGGUUAUACAGUUUGACAAAAUUUAGUGUAAGAUGUGUUUACUUAUGGAGUUAGUGCAUGAAAUGUUUUAGUGCUUUAAUAAAUGUACAUUAUAAUAACUAAGUAUAAUACAUGAAAAAUUAGAUACAA